AACAAUCACUUAAUUUCCACAUGGAGAUCCAACUACAACCUUUUCUUUUCUUCUCAUUCAUCUUUGUGUUUAUGGUGAUAAAAAUACUCAUACAAAGUAGCAGAACCAGCAGCUCAGCUUCAAAACUACCUCCAGGGCCAUGGAAACUACCUAUUUUGGGAAACAUUCACCAACUUAUUGGCCCUUUAGUCCAUCAUACUCUCAGAGAUUUAGCCAUGAAACAUGGACCACUAAUGUACUUAAGAAUUGGAGAAGUUCAAACCAUAGUGGUUUCAUCACCAGAAUACGCCAAAGAGGUGAUGAGAGUCCAUGAUAUCGCUUUUGCAUCAAGACCCUCCAUUCUUUUUGCUAAAAUCAUCUUCUAUGACUGUAAAGACCUUGCUUUUGCUCCAUAUGGUGACUAUUGGAGGAAGCUGCGAACGAUUUUCAUGCAGCAGCUUUUAAGUGCAAAAAAAGUUCAGUCCUUCAGACCCAUUAGAGAGAAAGAGAUGUUCAACUUUAUAGAAUCGAUUUCAUCGAAUGUUGGUGAUGUUAUCAAUCUCAGUGAGAGGCUCAACAUGAUGAUGUAUAGCAUCAUUUCACGUGCGGCCUGUGGUAGGACAAGGAUGCACAACAAGGAGUUCUUAUCAGUGUUGAUGGAAGCUACUGAGGUAUCAUUAGGCUUUGCACUUUCAGAUUUGUUUCCUUCUGUUAAAUUAUUUUACCAGAUGAGUCGAACUAGGCCUAAACUCGAGAGGCUUAAACAAAGAGCGGCGAGGAUAUUUGAAGAAAUCAUCCAUGAGCACAUGGAGCAAAAGCCAGCUGAGAAAAGUGGGGAUGGUGAAAUAGAUGAAGACUUUGUUGAUGUUCUUCUAAAGUUUCAUAACAGUAGCGACCUUGGAUUUUCCUUGACAAGUCAAAAUCUGUAUGCGAUAAUCUUUGACAUCUUUGGUGCUGGGACUGAGACAUCUUCUACAACUGUUGAGUGGGCUAUGUCAGAAAUGAUGAAGAAUCCAAGAACAAUGAAAAAGGCACAAGAUGAGGUUAGAGAAGUCUUUAACAGAAAAGGAUUUGUUGAUGAGACGGGACUUGGUGAGAUGAUGUACUUAAAAUCAGUUGUUAAAGAGUCCAUGAGAUUACAUCCUACUUUUCCAUUGUUAUUGCCAAGAGAAAAUCAAGAGAAGUGUGAGAUUAAUGGUUAUGAGAUCCCUGCAAAAACCCAGACCAUAGUUAAUGCAUGGGUAAUUGGGAGAGAUCCUAGAUAUUGGACUGAACCUGAGAGUUUUAUACCAGAGAGGUUCUUAGAUAGUUCUAUUGACUCCAAAGGUAACAACUUUGAAUAUAUCCCAUUUGGUGCUGGAAGGAGAAUAUGUGCUGGCAUGUCUUUCGGUCUUAUCAAUGUUGAGCUUUCUCUUGCACUGUUGCUAUAUCACUUUGAUUGGAUACUCCCCAAUGGAAUGAAACAUGAAGACUUGGACAUGACUGAGUUUUUUGGUGCAUCACUCAAAAGAAAAAAUGGUCUACAGUUGAUUCCUGUUGCUUAUGAACUGUCUACUACUACUGCAAAAUAACAAGGAAAGAUGAACAAAGUUUCUUGUUUUUUCAAUAAUUAAUUGAAUAAAGGAUGUUUCUUCUUCUCAUUCGUGUAAAAAGCAUAUAUCUUAUGAAACCUUGUUGGUAUUCACAAGAGACGUGUUCAACCUUUGCUUUGUGUCAUUAAUUGACCACACAUUUGGCUUUGUAGAAUGAGAAGUACUAUUAAAAUAUCUAAUUACUGUUCAUUAA